AUGCUGCAAAAUAAAAACGCUAAGGCAUAAUUAAAUCUGUUCAAACGUUGAGAGUUCACUUGAUUGUGUAGUCAGAUUUUACUAAAUGACCCUUUUUUCAUCGGUGGCCAGGCAAUUAAAAUCUGAUUGAGCUCUUCAUUCCGAUCUAAUCGAUAACAAAAACCCACCUUCAUUUCACAAAAUUUGUCGAAUUGGAUUAACUAAUUAAUAUUAUUAUUUUUGCUUCCCACAUACUCUCCUCUUUCCUAGGCGCAGACACCAGACCAGUGACACUGUUAUUGUUGAUGAUGACCAUUAAUGGUCAAUUAUAAGUACCCAACUGAGUAAUUGAGUGUUAUGUAAAGAGAGAUGGCAAUUCUGAGCCAUCCUAAGUUUCUUCUUCUCUUCACUGUUCUUGCCAUUUUCCUCCUUUUCACUUUCAUUGCUCCUCAAAAGGAUGUAGAAACAGCAGCAGAAGUGCAUGAGAUCACUCAUAGAGUAUAUUUGGAUGUUGAUAUUGAAGAACAACGUCUAGGUAGAAUUGUUAUUGGAUUAUAUGGCCAGGUUGUACCAAAAACAGUAGAAAAUUUCAGGGCGCUGUGUACAGGGGAGAAGGGAAAAGGUAACAGUGGAAAAGCUCUCCACUAUAAGGGAACACCGCUUCAUCGUAUAGUAUCUGGAUUUGUGAUUCAAGGUGGUGACAUAGUUCAUGGUGAUGGGAAGGGAAGCGAGUCUAUAUAUGGUGGCACUUUCCCUGAUGAGAACUUUAAGAUAAAGAAUUCACAUCCAGGUGCUGUUGCCAUGGUGAACUCAGGACCCAAUUCAAAUGGCUCGCAGUUUUUUAUUACCACUGUCAAGGCCAGCUGGUUGGACGGAGAGCAUGUUGUGUUUGGCAAGGUAAUUCAGGGUAUGGAUACUGUAUAUGCAAUUGAAGGAGGAGCAGGAACUUACAGUGGAAAACCCAGAAAGAAAGUAGUGAUUGCUGAUUCUGGGGAGAUCCCCAAAAGCAAGUGGGACGAGGAAGCAUGAAGCUUCAAAUAUUUAACAAGAGUUUCUACUUUUGAGUCUGCUAAUUUGUGCUUUGACCCUUUUAUAGAUAGUUUGUAUAAUUGCCAUUACAUUUCACAGCUUCUGAUUUAGAUCCAAGUCCUAGGCUUUUUUCUUAAAAUAUGUUAGUUCAUUUCUUUUCCUUUGUUUUGUUUUGUAUUCGAUAAAUAGUAUUAAUUGAUGCCAAGUCAUCCGCUAUGUUGCAUGGAAAUGGAAAUGCUAAAAUGAGAAAUGUUGAAACGGCCAAA